GCUUGCUACUUGUUAUUAGGUACUUAUCCAGUUUAGAAAACUAAUCAAAAUAUUCUAUGAAACUAAAAGCUAUUUGUGAUUCCUCAUUCCUGGCUGAAGCCCAGUCAAUGUAACUUGUCAUAAUUAAGUAAUCUGGAUAUGUCAGAAAAAGAAUCUAAUGGAAAUGUUAGGUGUCAAUGGUUAACCAAAGAUCCUAUUUACAUCACAUAUCAUGAUGAAGAAUGGGGAAAACCUGAAUAUGAUAAUCUACGGUUGUUUGAAAUAUUAUGUUUAGAAGGUCAACAAGCAGGACUUUCAUGGUUAACCGUUUUAAAAAAACGUGAAAAUUAUAGAAAAGUAUUCUAUAAUUUUAAUCCUUAUAAAAUUUCAAAAUUAACACAUGAUGAUGUGAAAAUAAUAUUAACCAAUACCGGUAUCAUAAGACACAAGAGCAAAAUUGAAGCAAUUAUAAAUAAUGCGAAAUGUUAUAUCAAAAUGGAAAAUAAUUCUGAAAAUUUUUCAGAUUUCAUUUGGAGUUUUGUAAAUAAUAAACCUAAAGUAAAUUAUUGGCAUAAUAUCAAAGAGAUUCCAAAUGAUACUGAAACUUCUUUAGCCCUUUCCAUUGCUCUAAAAAAGAGAGGUUUCAAAUUUGUAGGUUCAACUAUUUGCUAUGCAUUCAUGCAAGCUUGUGGUUUAGUCAAUGAUCAUGUUAUUGAUUGUGUAUGCCGCAGAAAAGCUUAGAAAAAUAGAGCUAUAUCUACUAUUUUUAUUUA